UGAAGCCGUCUGGGAGAACAUGGCCCGCAUGUGCGUGAAGACCCAAAGGCUGGACGUUGCCAAAGUCUGCCUGGGGAACAUGGGCCAUGCGCAAGGAGCCAAGGCGUUGCGGGAGGCUGAACAAGAACCGGAGCAGGAAGCCAGGGUGGCCAUGUUAGCCGUCCAGUUGGGCAUGCUGGAGGACGCCGAGCACUUAUACAAGCAGUGCAAACGCCACGAUCUUCUGAACAAGUUCUACCAGGCUUCAGACCAAUGGCAGAAAGCCAUCGAGGUAGCCGAGACUCAGGACCGCGUGCACCUGCGCACGACCUACUACAAUUAUGCCAAGCACCUGGAAGCCAUAGCCGAGCGCAACUUUGCCAUCACCUACUACGAGAAGUCCGACACUCAUAAGUUUGAAGUGCCUCGUAUGCUGUCCGAGGAUCUGCAAGCCUUGGAGGCUUACGUCAACAGGAUGAAAGAUAAGGGUUUGUGGAAAUGGUGGGCUCAGUAUCUAGAAGGCCAGGCAGACCUAGAAGCGGCUUUCAAAUAUUAUGAGUUGGCUCAAGAUUAUUUUUCCAUGGUCCGUAUCCAUUGCUUCCUGGGUAACAUCCAGAAGGCCGCUGAAAUAGCCAACGCAACCGGCAACUGGGCAGCUUCAUAUCACGUGGCCCGUCAGUAUGAGAGCCACGAGGAGAUCAAACAGGCAGUGCACUUCUACACCCGGGCUCAAGCAUUUAACAACGCGAUUCGUUUGUGUAAGGAAAACCAGCUGGAUGACCUGUUGAUGAACCUGGCUCUUCUUAGUUCCCCAGAAGACAUGAUAGAAGCUGCCCGCUACUAUGAAGGACGAGGAGAACAAAUGGACCAAGCGGUGACACUCUACCAUAAGGCCGGACACUUGUCCAAGGCUCUGGAGCUGGCCUUUGCCACCCAGCAGUUUGCAGCCUUGCAGCUGGUGGCAGAAGACCUGGAUGAGAAAUCCGACCCGGCCCUGCUGGCUCGUUGCUCCGACUUCUUCAUUGAGCAUGCUCAGUACGAGAAGGCUGUCAAGCUCUUGCUAGCGGCCAAAAAGGUGGAGGUGGAAGAGUUCCAGAACUACGAGAAGGCCUUGGGAGCCCUGACCGAGGCCUACAAGUGCAUGUCCAAGGCAAAGACGCGGAGCCCAGCGGAGCAAGAGAACAAGCUGGCACACCUACAGACCAAGAUGGCCCUGGUGAAGAGGUUUAUUCAAGCCCGAAGACUUUACUCCGAGGACCCCAAAGAGGCCAUCAGGCAGUGUGAGCUGCUCCUGGGAGAACCUGAUCUUGAGACCACCGUCCGCCUGGGGGAUGUACUGGGAUUGCUGGUGGGGCAUCAUUUGCAGCUGCAAGAAUUCCAGAUGGCCUACCGGUACCUGGAAGAAAUGCGGAAGAAAAUUCCCUGCGUGAAUCUCAACUACUACGUGACCCAGCAGACGGUCGAGGCCGUGCACCGAGGGCUGGGCAUCCCCCUCAGCCGAAACACCGCUCCAGAGAGAGUUCGCCACAACAGCGUGGAGGACAAGGAGAUCGAAGAAGUGGCCGACGAAGCAGAGCCCUCCUGAGCAGAUCAGCCGGGAGUCUGGGGCCCACGGCACCGUUUUUCUGACAAUGUUGUUGGGAGAAAGCCAAUGGACUCAGCCUUGCUUUGUAAGCCCAGGCAGCAGUCAAUCUUUGGAAUCCGGGAUUUGUUCGGCAUUCCCAAAGCCACAGGUUUUACAUUCCUUUUCAAACAUUCAGAGACGGUUUCGGAGAUAUCUUCACCUUUGUAUUAAAUAUU